GGAGAGUGGGCGGGGCGCUGCAAGUGAGAGGGAUUCAUCCAGCCAGCGCCUUGUAUUGUUAUCAGUGUGUGAGGCACCCGAGGAGGGAGGAGGAGUGAGCGGGGGAGACGGUGGGAAGCAGUCAGUGUGAUGUUAGUGGGAAAGUGUUGUGAGACGGAGCUGGACCAGCGGCUGAAUGCGACUGAGGACUCUCCAUUCAAUCUCUUCGGCUUUACCUGCAGCAUCUGCCGCAGCCACACUGGAUUGUCUUCUUCUACUCGGGCUGUUCUGCCAUUGAGCCGCUGCCUCCCGCUAUCCCUCAUCCUUGGAAUAUAAGUUGGGAAACAAAAGGAAGAGGAAAUCGUAUCGGUGCCAACCUUGAUAGCCAUCAGCGGCAUCGAGCGACUCCUCCCGAGGGCUGGGAGCACAGGAUUCCUCUGGAAAUCAGCCCUGCCUUGUGUUUGCUCCGUACGUGCCCAUGCCCCGCUCCCCGGCACCUGCCACUGCUGCUGCUGAGUGUGUAAGGCACGACUGUAUGUGCUGCUGCUGCUCGUCAUUGUUCAUCUCCAGUCCAAGCCUCCGCCGACCCCACAGCAUCACCAUGUGCCGGAAACAGCCCUUCCUGCUACCGACUCUACUCGGCAUCCUAGCGGCCCUGAUGCUGCAGCAGGGACCAGUUGAAGCAUUCGGGGGAUCCAGAUUAUGCAAGACAGGAUUUCUUGAGGAUGUUUAUCACGCCAGUGUCUACAGAAGUGUACAUGAAGGGCAGCCGCUUCUAAAUGUGAUGUUUACUGACUGUGGUACUGAUAGACGGAUACAGUAUGAAACCAGUAACCCAACAGAUUUUCGGAUUGAUGGUGAUGGAAUUGUGUUUGCCUCAAGAACUUUUGACAUUUCUCCAGAGCAGGCAGAAUUUUUAGUGUAUGCACAAGAUGAAGAUACCAGAGAACUGUGGCAUGUGACUGUGAAAAUCACUUUAAGGCCACCGCAUGAACAUCAUUUGCACCAGGGCUUUCACAAAGUCAGAGAAAUUAAGUUUUCAACACAGCGUAAGCACAAUGGAUUGCAGAGGCAGAAGAGGGAUUGGGUUAUUCCACCAAUUAAUGUACCAGAAAACGCAAGGGGAACAUUUCCUCAGGAAUUAGUACGAAUUAGGUCGGACCGCGAUAAAAACCUUUCCCUGCGGUACAGUGUUACUGGUCCUGGAGCUGAUCAACCUCCAAUCGGUGUCUUCAUUAUUAAUCCAAUCGGAGGGCAGCUGUCUGUGACAAAACCUUUGGAUCGGGAGCAGAUUGCUAAUUUUCAUCUGAGGGCACAUGCAGUAGAUGUAAAUGGAAAUCAGGUGGAAAAUCCAAUAGACAUUGUGAUCAAUGUAAUAGAUAUGAAUGACAACCGGCCCGAAUUUCUACACCAGAUAUGGAACGGCUCAAUUCCUGAAGGAUCGAAGCCAGGAACGUAUGUGAUGACUGUCACAGCUAUUGAUGGUGAUGAUCCCAAACAACCAAAUGGCAUGUUGAGAUAUAAAAUCCUAUCCCAGACCCCAGCCAUCUCUUCCCCCAAUAUGUUUACAAUUAACAAUGAAACCGGUGAUAUUAUCACCCUGGCAGCAGGACUAGACAGAGAGAAAGUGCAGCGAUACACAUUAAUAAUUCAAGCCACAGACAUGGAAGGAAACCCAACAUAUGGUCUCUCAAACACAGCAACUGCUGUCAUUGCAGUGACAGAUGUCAAUGACAAUCCUCCUGAGUUCACAGCAAUGACUUUUUAUGGAGAAGUGCCUGAAAACAGAGUGGAUGUAGUAGUAGCCAACUUAACUGUAACAGAUAAGGACCAACCUCACACCCCUGCAUGGAAUGCGGUUUAUAGAAUCGUUGGGGGCGAUGGCACAGGCAGAUUCGCCAUUAAGACCGACGCAAACAGCAACGAUGGUUUAGUGACUGUUGUAAAACCAAUAGACUAUGAAACCAAAAGCACAUAUAUCCUAACAGUGGUUGCUGAAAAUCAAGUGGAUUUGAUAAGGGGCAUCCAGUUCAAACCAGAGUCAACAGCAACUGUCUCCGUUACAGUUAUAGACGUAAAUGAGAAUCCUUAUUUUACUCCAAAUCCCAAACUUAUACGGCAGGAAGAAGGUCUCUUUGCUUCAAAAAUGUUGACAACCUUUUCUGCUCAGGAUCCAGAUCGCUAUAUGCAACAAACUAUAAGGUACUCAAAACUCUCAGAUCCAGCAAACUGGCUUAAGAUUGACCCUGUAAAUGGAUUAAUCACCACUACGGCAGUUCUGGAUAGAGAAUCCAUGUAUGUAAAAAACAACAUGUACAACGCAACAUUCUUGGCAACAGACAGCGGUAUUCCUCCAAUGAGUGGCACUGGGACAUUGCAGAUUUACCUAUUGGACAUUAACGACAAUGCUCCUUAUGUGUACCCACAAGAAGUAGAGAUCUGUGAAAGGCCUGAUCCCAAUGCAAUCAAUAUCACAGCCUUAGAUGCAGAUAUUAAUCCAAAUUCAGGGCCCUUUAUCUUUGAACUUCCAUACAGUCCGAUGGAUAUUAAAAAAAACUGGACAGUGACACGACUGAGCGGUGACCAUGCACAACUCAGUUUAAAGAUUGGAUCCCUUGAUUAUGGCAUCUAUAAUAUUCCAAUUCACAUCACAGAUUCGGGAAAUCCUGCCAUGUCAAACACUUCGUACCUGCGUGUGAAGGUCUGCUCUUGUGAGCAUGGAUACUGCAGCACUACAGCUCCCAUUAUUGGAACUGGCUUGGGCACGGGAGCUAUUAUUGCAAUUCUUCUUUGCAUUAUCAUUUUACUCACUUUAGUGUUGAUGUUUGUUGUAUGGAUGAAGCGCCGGGACAAGGAGCGGCAAGCAAAGCAGCUACUUAUUGAUCCAGAAGAUGAUGUCAGAGAUAACAUUCUGAAGUAUGAUGAAGAAGGUGGUGGAGAAGAAGAUCAGGACUACGAUUUAAGCCAGUUGCAGCAGCCUGACACCAUGGAACCAGACACCAUUAAACCUGUUGGAAUACGCCGUAUGGACGAAAGACCAAUCCAUGCUGAAUCUCAGUAUCCUAUCCGCUCAGCUGCUCCCCAUCCUGGUGAUAUAGGAGACUUCAUAAAUGAGGGGUUGAAAGCAGCGGACAAUGACCCAACAGCUCCACCUUAUGAUUCCUUGUUAGUGUUUGAUUAUGAAGGCAGCGGCUCCACUGCGGGGUCGCUAAGUUCACUGAACUCGUCCAGUAGUGGCGGAGAGCAAGACUACGACUACUUAAACGACUGGGGCCCUCGAUUCAAGAAACUUGCCGAUAUGUAUGGUGGAAGCGACGACUGAACUUUUGUUUUUGGGACAAGAACAAACAUUCGAGCUGAUAUUCCCAAAAAGCUUAAGGAAGCUUGGCUUUAACUUUGUAGUCUACUAGCACAAGUGCUUGUUUGAAGGCUUUGGCAUAGGCUGCAAACCAAUUUGGGCUCAGUGGGAAUAUCAGUAAUCCAAUACUGUUUGGAGAAAAAAAAUGAUUGAGCUCAGAUACACUUGAAUUUUACAGUACAGAAGCACUGGGAUUUUAUGUGCCUUUUUGUACCUUUUUCAGAUCGGAUUUAGUUUUAUGUUCAACGCUUUAAUGGUACUGAUUUCUGAAAGGGUGAAAAGACAAGGUACGUUGCGGGUGGGGUGACAUAAGUAAAUCAAGAUAUCCUUCAUCAUGCCUUUUCUUUACACUGCAUUGCUUUUUGUUAAUAUCUGAAACAGAGAACAAAGUUCAUUAGAGUAACUAUUACAUUAGUUACAAUGAAACCAGUAGGGUGACAUGUUCAGUGCAUUAUUACUAGUUUUAGAUGUUAGGGUUUUAUUUUUUCAUUCAAACGCUCCGAUUUUUGAAGUUGAUUGCAGAUAAAGCGAGUUGUCAUAUCACUGGUUUAAUCACAAUAUUUUUUUUGUUUUUCUUUUCUGCACAAGCUAGGGAAAUGAUAGGCACAUUUUGGUCUUACUGUACACUUUUUUCAUUUGGGUACUUUUUUCACUUCAUUGUAAAAAUGAUAUGUGUACAUAAUGUUUUAUCAGCAUAGUCUAUAAAGAAGUUGAACGGCUUCAAACACGUGUAUGUAUUAUUUGGACUAUGGAUUCAGGUUUUGCAUGUUUAUAUCUUUUUCUUUAUUGAUAAAGUAUUUACAAAACAGGUUGAAACACAAUUACGUUCAAUCAAACUGUAGAUUCAGUACACAAUUUUUUUUUAUUGGUUUUGGGGGGGGCGGGUAAUAAAAUGUUCUUAGCACAAAUGUUUUACAUAAUUUGUACCAAAUAAAAUACAGAUAGGGGUAGCCUGACACUGGUGGCACUACUAAUACGAGGGGUGGGAAGUAUUUAGCCUCUUGGCUAAAGGACAUCUCACUAGUUGCAACCAAGUAAGAUAUGAUAACAGCUUUGCCUCUGUAUUGUGUACCAGACUAUACAUUAUGCACCUCUGACCCCAACAUUCUGAAUAAAAAUGCUAAUUUUUGA